AUGUUUGAUAAAUUAACCUAUAAAUUCAAUAUAGAUCAAUCAAUUGAACAUUCUACUGAUAUACCUAUCUUAUGGCUAUACGGACGCUCUUCAAUUUCAUUCGAGCCUGAAUGCUUGAAAUGGCAAAUAUAUUUAUUAUUUAACAACAUAAACUUUAGCUUAAAAACUAUAAAUGAACCAAAAGCGUCGCCUAAUAAUAAACUACCCCUAUUAGAAUUACCGCAUAAACCGAGUCAGCGCGCUGUUUUAUUAAAAGACGAUGAAAUCAGAAAGUAUGUUGAAAACAUUCAAGAUAUUCCCGAAGCCGAUACAACCGAGCUUGAUAUCCUAGAACUAGUCGAGAAACAACUUAGAUCAUCAUUCCUUACUUACUUUUUCUUUAUGCCCUCUACAUCCGAACAAGCAUCUAAACUUUAUUUCCCAGAGUCAAAUGAUACAGCUUUGGUAUCCGUACAAAGAUCACACAAAUUCAGUCGAUUGAAAGCUGCAUUAAGCGUAGAAAUAGCUAAGGUUGUUAAUGGAACUGACAAGUUAGAGAAUGCAAGCACAACAUUAACUUCUCUCAUUCUUUCACGCUAUUUCCCUAGUGAUAUGCCGUAUGAGAGCGUUCAGAUUGAUGUUGAUGUAGUAGAUAGGAUCGCUGCAUCCACUUUAGCGACACUAUCUUCCAAACUUGGUUCAAACACUUGGAUAUUAGGUAAAGAUAAGCCAAGCUUUGCUGACGCAACUCUAUUUGCUUACUUAUAUCUCACACUUUCACUCCUUCCUCCUUCGUCUCACCUUCGCAGACGACUAACAGGACAUAUAAACCUGACUCAUUAUACGCAACACAUCGCUAGUGACUACCUGAAAGCUAGAAUAUAGUUAAUGUAUAAAUAAUGAACAAAUUAAUGUGGAAUAUUUUCACGUGCUUGUU